UUGGAUGAACUCGAUCGCAAACGAUUCAUUCAUGUUUGCCCUCGCAACGUCAUUAGACAGUAUCUUCCACCUACUCUUAAUCUUGCAGAUAAUGUUGGGCGUUUUACAAAACAAACCGACAAUCAGCUUUCUGAGAUUCAGCGACGUUUGGCAGCAACCACUCGUCCUAUGGACAAAUUUUUGCAUGAGAGCCUUCGCUCAAAUGCCACAUCUGUACCGGUUGCAGAUGUCGUUCUUUUUAUCAACACCAUUCACACGUUGGUGUCUGACUCAGCAUCUUACAUUACCCAGCUUCGAAUGGAUAAUGUUGCUCGUGAAACAGGUCUGGUGGUACCACCUCUUCAGCCUCGUACCAAGCUUACACCCUCACCUCAACCACUGUUUCAAGAUACUAAAGCAAUUCUUGAAGGCACAAAUCUUCGAAAGGCAGUUCAAGCAGCUAGCCGUAAACCACAACAUAAACACCAUGGACGUCAAAAACCCACAUCUGCCAACUCUAGACCAACACAAGGCUCUUCA